GGGCGGCGUGAUACUGGCGCCCGGGCGGAGGGUGAUGAGGCCCCGCGACUCGCUGACGCCAGGCCGCAUCACGCCGCCGUGAGGAGGAGAGAGCCAGCUUGCUGCUUCCACACACGUUCAAGAAUAUCUGAGGAAUAUCCCCCGCAAAACUCCGCAGCGAUUCUCCCCUGAAGCUGGACUUCACCCCGCCACUCCGACCUUCUUUCGCCCCAGCGGAGAAGGCGGGCGUGAGGGCAGCCCCGGCCAUCAUGAACGUCACUUCGCUCUUCUCCUUCACCAGCCCGGCCGUCAAGCGCCUGCUGGGCUGGAAGCAGGGCGACGAGGAGGAGAAGUGGGCCGAGAAGGCGGUGGACGCCCUAGUGAAGAAACUGAAGAAGAAGAAGGGCGCCAUGGAGGAACUGGAGCGCGCGCUGAGCUGCCCCGGCCAGCCCAGCAGCUGCGUCACCAUCCCCCGCUCCCUGGACGGACGGCUGCAGGUGUCCCACAGGAAAGGCCUGCCUCACGUCAUCUAUUGUCGCGUGUGGCGCUGGCCCGACCUGCAGUCCCACCACGAGCUCAAGGCGCUGGAGUGCUGCGAGUAUCCCUUCGGCUCCAAGCAGAAGGACGUGUGCAUCAAUCCCUACCAUUACAAACGUGUCGACAGCCCAGUGCUACCCCCCGUGUUGGUACCGCGCAACAGCGAGUUCAACGCCAAGCACACGAUGCUACCUCGCUUCCGCAACCCGCUGCAGCAGAACGAGCCGCACAUGCCCCAGAACGCCACCUUCCCCGAGUCCUUCGCCAAUCCCGUGCCCUUCCCGCAUUCGCCUGGAAACAGCUUCCCGAGCUCACCGGGCGGGGGCAGCAACGCCACCUUCCCGCAUUCACCAUCCAGUUCAGACCCUGGCAGCCCGUUCCAGAUGCCGGAGACGCCGCCGCCUGCCUACAUGCCCCCAGAGGAGCAGAUGACUCAAGACUGCCCCCUGCCGAUGGACACCAAUCUCAUGGUGCCACCUUUGCCUAUCGAGACGAACAACCGAGCAGAUGUGCAGCCCGUGGCCUACGAGGAGCCCAAGCACUGGUGCUCCAUUGUUUAUUACGAGCUCAACAACCGCGUCGGCGAGGCAUUCCAGGCCUCGUCCACCAGCGUGCUUGUCGACGGCUUCACGGAUCCCUCCAACAACCGCAACCGCUUUUGCCUCGGCCUGCUAUCCAACGUCAACCGCAACUCCACCAUCGAGAACACCCGACGGCACAUCGGCAAAGGCGUCCACUUGUAUUACGUCGGUGGCGAGGUUUACGCAGAGUGCCUGAGCGACAGCAGCAUCUUCGUCCAGAGUCGCAACUGCAACUACCACCACGGCUUCCAUCCCACCACCGUGUGCAAGAUUCCCAGCGGCUGUAGCCUGAAGAUCUUUAACAACCAGGAGUUCGCCGAGCUGCUCGCCCAGUCCGUCAACCACGGCUUCGAGGCCGUCUACGAGCUCACCAAGAUGUGCACCAUCCGCAUGAGCUUUGUCAAGGGCUGGGGAGCCGAGUACCACCGCCAGGAUGUGACCAGCACCCCCUGCUGGAUCGAGAUCCACCUCCACGGCCCCCUCCAGUGGUUGGACAAGGUCCUAACGCAGAUGGGUUCUCCCCACAACCCCAUAUCGUCCGUGUCCUAGACCUCCCUCAGGGUCAGCCCAAUGUUUUUUGUUUUUUUUUUUGUUUUUUGGGGGGGGGGGGCCCAAGUAGCAAGACGAACAGAUCCCAGAUCGGUUGACUCUUAUUGCCUCGUUAGAUAAAUUGUCUGAUUGAAGCACAAGCGGCUGAUCUGGGAUCUGUCAAUUCCAUGGGUUUUCUACUUGAAGGACAUGUGAAGUGGGCACAUACACAGACUGGGAGAGGAGUGAGCAAAGAGAGCAUGAUGCAUCUGGAAGAAACUUGAUCUUUGUGACCAACACUAAUAAUCCAACCGUCACACUCUUGGGGAGCGCAGGCGUCCCCAAACUGGUCUCCUUUUUAAUUUUGUUUUCUUCCUGUCGCUUUGCAUUCCCGCAUCCACAUACUCCCUCCGACAUCCACGUUUUAAAACCGGUUACCACCAAGCCGCCGCGGUCAUCUCAGCGUUGUCGUUUGCCGUUGUCAAGUUGUGACAGUGAGACAAGACGCUUUGACUUCUUUGCCAGAAGACGAAAGGCUGGAUUCCCGCCACAGCUGUCUUUUUUCGUGGCCUUCGUUGUUCCUCUUGAAGGCGAGUUGCACAUGGCUCCACACAAAGUAUGUUGUACCGUAUUAUUUUUAUGAAACCACAAGAUGGCUUGACGGCCAUGGAUGAAGAUGGUCGCUAAAUAGAAAGGAAGUGGGCGAGAACAAAGUCCAGAGUGGAAAUCUGCUUCGCCCCCAUUCGCUGGCUGUAGCGGCCGCGCUACUAACAUCGGGUGCCCUUUGGCAGAGACUGCACGCGUGGCUGUUUCAUCCACAGGUACAUAUGUGAAUGAUAAAUAUUGUUAUGUAUUGUUGUAAAACAGAGUCACCGUUGUAGCAUUGUGUCAGUAGUGCGCGUUUCAAACUGGGGGGGACUCCGAAUUCUGACGCUCAAGACAGCGCUAAAUACAAAGCAACAUGCUUUCUUUUACGGUAUCGGUAUCAAGAAAAGCUUCAUUUACACAGAGGUUCCCCGUAAAAACCCUGGCAUUCACCCUCCUUUGCCUUUCAUAGCGAACCCAGCCAAGCAGGAUAUGGCUGCCUCGCACCAACUGGACAGUAACAACGGUCUAAUGUGAUGUACAACAUCUGCACAGCGACAAUUGCUUUCAACACAAAAGGCCAACUCAGGUUUUACCAUUCCAAGCUGUCUGAACCAAACUGUCCCACUUGGUGGAACCGUGCUUCCAUAAAUGCGUUGUAACUAUAAAUUCUGGGGCGACAUUCCAGGUCUCUGGAAUUGCAGUCGGUCGGACCUUACACUGCAAAGACAUUGGCGUCGAAUUUCCUCCUGGCAUGGAAGGAGACUCCAAGGGUGAUCUGUAUGAAAUUUCAAUCACUCAAGAGGAUAUUUGGGAAAUUUAGGGGUGGAGUGGAGGUAGUGGGCGUGUGGGGGAGGUGUGGCAGGUGGUUUAUUUCACGAAAAAAAAUGCAGUUCUGCCAAUAAUUUAAAUGUUGCUCAUCAUGUUUUACACUAAUGUUUUACCCCAUGGACUUAGGUUCAAAUAGUGUUUUUUUUUUUGUUCACGUUUAGACUAUGGUGCUGUGUUGUCUGUUUUUGGCCAUGCGUAGUUUGGUUUCUGGAAGCAUAAGUACAAAAGUAAAGACGCAUCAUGGACUGAUGUUUUCAAUGACUGUUACAUGAAAAUAUUCCAUUUUAAUUCAAUACACAAAAGUGUCCACCCAUAUCAUUUAAAAAAAAUAAAAUACUCUGUUCUUACUUUGUUUGACAAUGUUGUACUCCUGACAUUCUUUUUUUAUUUUGUAUUUUUGUCUGCACUAUUCACAUGUUGACUCUUUCCUUUUUUUUUUUUUGGUAUGGUCAAACUCCUCAUAAAGCCGUUUUAUUCCAUGAAUAUUAAAAGACUAGUGGGGAAUGAAAAAAUCAUUUCUUUCA